UAUAAAAUAAGGCUUAGUGGGCUUCUUUGGAUGUGAAUUAUGAGCCUAAAUAGAGUUUUGUAUAGCCUCCAAAACCCUCUCCUUCAUGCUCAUCGAAAGCUACUGCCGGCGCUUCAAGAUCAUAAAAACCUUCGAUUAAACACUAAUUUUCGGCUCAAGUUACCGAUCAGAGCUUUGACGGCAGCAGCAGCGGCGGCGGCGAAGGUAGAGAUGGUGAAAGCCAUAAAAGUCCAUGAGCUCGGUGGUCCUGAGGUCUUGAAGUGGGAAGAUGUGGAGAUAGGUGAACCAAAGGAGGGGGAGAUACGGGUUAAGCACAAGGCUAUUGGAGUUAACUUUAUUGACGUUUAUUUUCGCAAAGGAGUGUACAAGGCUGAUUUGCCUUUCACUCCAGGAAGGGAAGCUGUGGGAAUAGUGACUGCUGUGGGUUCUGGUUUGACUGGUCGAAAAGUUGGGGAUGUGGUUGCUUAUGCUGGAAACCCUAUGGGUUCAUAUGCAGAAGAACAAAUCCUCCCUGCUAGUGCAGCGGUGCCUGUACCUUCUUCAGUUGAUCAUAAGGUAGCUGCAUCUAUUAUGCUGAAGGGAAUGACUACUCAUAUACUACUCCGGCGGUGUUUUAAGGUAGAACGAGGACACACCAUUCUAGUUCAUGCAGCUGCUGGCGGGGUUGGAUCACUUCUUUGUCAAUGGGCUAAUGCUCUUGGUGCGACAGUGAUCGGAACCGUAUCUACAGAAGAGAAGGCUGCUCAAGCUAAGGAAGAUGGAUGCCACCAUGUAAUAAUCUACACCAAGGAAGAUUUUGUAUCUGUUGUCAACAAUAUAACCUCCGGCAAAGGGGUAAAUGUUGUCUAUGAUUCAGUUGGGAAAGAUACAUACCAGGGUUCUCUCAAAUGCUUGGCAUCUCUGGGUUACCUGGUUAGUUUUGGCCAGUCAUCAGGUCUGCCUGAACCAAUUCCACUUUCAGAUCUAGCCCCAAAAUCCCUGUUCCUCACUAGGCCAUCUCUCAUGCACUACACUGCAACCCGGGACGAGCUGCUCGAAUCAGCCGGUGAGGUCUUUUCUCUCGUUUCAUCUGGUGUGCUUAAAGUUCGUAUCAACCAUAUCUAUCCCUUGUCCGAGGCUGCUCGAGCUCAUGCCGACCUUGAGGCGAGGAAGACGUCUGGGUCUAUUGUGUUGGUUCCUGAUAAUGAGUUGUAGAACUGAAUUUGGGAGUCUUGCAGAUCAAAACUUUAGUGCUUCUCAGCUAAAUUUCUGUGAGAAUUUUAUUGUGUUGGUCUUUGAUUGUGAGUUGUAGAGCCGAGUUUGCUAACGUUGGAGAUUUGAAGCUGUUAGGUUUGUCUCAGUUGAUGGGUUAUAAAUUAUGUGAUUUUGAUAUUUGGUGGUGUCUUAGCGGGUGCUUCAUGGCUAUGAGAAAUGCUUAUAAGAAUAUUUUGCCUUUGUUAGAAUAAUGGCAAUUUUAUUGUAUGUUGUGCAUCUUUAUAAAACAAUAUUA